AUGGAGCUGCUGUGGCUUUAUAUUUUGCUUGGAGCUGUUUUGAAACUUUCUUCAGGCAUUGCCUACAAUAAAAAAGAGGUGUCCACUUCAAGUUUUGCCUGUUACACAGAUACUUUCACGGAGGAUACUGCAAAGACUAAAGCAGUUAAACUGUAUCUUCCACAAAAGAGCUUAAAAGUCACCUGCCAUUUGUAUAAUAUUAAUGAAGAGGAUACCAAGGAGAACAGAAGAAAAAAUCUACUGCUCUAUACUUCAUCAGGUCUUGCUCCCAGCAUACAGAUCUUCAAUAGUACCUACUCAAACGUCUUCUUCUUCGAAAUGACUCUGGGAAAAGGAGACGAAGAAGUGGAUUCAUGGUUUAUUGAUAUCCCUAGAGAAAAGAUUACAUACAAUACAGAUAUUGCUCCAGUAGAGGAAUGGUUUGUAAAAUUCAAUAUGCAUCAUGGGUUAGGUAUGUUCACUACUGAAGGAACAUUAUUGGAUAUAAAGCGAGAGCCAAUUCUUCAGUGGCUUCAUAAACUUGGUACUUACGUAAAUAUUAAUAAAACAAUGUCUGAGAUAAAAGAUUUGGCAAUAACAAAGAGUCCUUGUGCAAGUGAUGUAGCAAUAGUUGGUGUAAUUUAUAGAAAGAAAGAUACAGGAAUAGUUAUAGGAGUCACUGAAGAUGGAUUUAUGAAUCGAGAUGUAGUUUGGCGUAAUUUAACAGAUAACAUUUGUGUUCUCAUGGAUUACGAUUGCUCUGGACUUGCACUUGUGGAUAUCCUUCUAAUAAAUACUCGUUUAAUAAUGCUUACUACAUUGGGUCUAUUUGUCAGUGAAGAUCUGCGGUAUCCUUCUGAACAUAAAUUGAAAUUCAACAAACCAGCUUUAUGUGGCUUUGAAAUGGAUGAUUAUUAUGAAGCAAAAAUCUGGUAUAAUAAACAAUGUUUAGCUAAUAGAGACGACUAUGAAGUGGAUUAUGUCAGUCUCUCAUUCAACAAAGAUAAGACAUUGAGUCAGGAAUCCACCUGCUUCUAUAGUAACGAUUCAUUUACAAAAUGGCACAGUUGCUUACCACAUAAACCACUAGCCGAAAAGCAUAUUUCUAGACGGGUAAUUUCUUUUGUGGUUGAUUAUGAGCAGAAUACUGGUAUAGCUCUAUUAUCUCAAAAGGACAAAAAACUUGUAUCUGUACACAAGUUAACAAAUGGUGCAUUGAAUAAAAAAACCAAAUUUCCUACUUUCACAUUUCCAAGCUAUUCGUUUGUGCCAACUGGAUUGUUUUUUCAUCCAGGAAGUCAUUUUAUGUAUGUUUAUGGAAACGAGGUGUGGGGUUCUUUUGAUGGAGGCAACACAUUUAUACCUUUGAUUAUACUGCUUAAUGAGACUAUUGUAAGCACAGAUUCAUGUGUUUACACUCAGGGAAUUGUAUUUGUUACAGACAAAGCAAAUAUUUAUUACACUAAAGCAGGAAUAGUUGCAUAUACCUGGCUUAUAACAAUGCCACUUGGUGUUUUCAACAUGUACUUUGAUCACCUGGGAAUUUUGAGUCAUAUAAGUUUUAAUAGCACAUCUGAAGAUGGUUUGUCAGUUUCUGUGAUGGAUAUGAACUCUUUAAUGCAGGAGACUGACUUAGGUUUUGAUGGUCCUUUAUCUCCACAUUAUGUUACUGAAGAACAAAUGCUGUUUUUUCACCAUGGGCCACCAGAUACUAUACCAACAUUCUCCAACUUACAAAGUGGAAAACGCAUAGACUAUGAGCCAGGAGGAUCAGGUGUAAUUAACACAGUCUUCACACGUAUGAAUCCUGCAGGAGUUGUAUCAUCGGUUCUGGUACAUGUUCUGGAACAUUUUCCUGUUGAAUCUAUAACUGACAGCCCUUGUACAGCAAAUGCUUUAACCAUUCUACCUCCUAAACCUAAUUCUACUUCAUAUCAACUUCAACUUGCUACUGCAGGUACUAAUGUAUUUAAGGCAUCUGAUGUUGAAAAGACAGUGGUGAUUCCAGGAACUAGCAGUUUCUUUAUCACUGAGGUGUUGGAUGAUCUUAACGCUUUAGGAACUAUCACUUUGCCUGAAAAAUUGAUUCUAAACUACUCUUUUCCACCUGAUGAAUGGUUUCUGUAUGACUUUGGCACAACAAAUGGUAGAAAAUGGAAAAUUGUAGUUGACACAUGUAGAUAUGUAAUACAACAGUUUGAUGAUCUACCACUCCAUGCCAUUAAAUACCUGGAUCUUGGACAAACAUUGCAUUUUUCAUUCAGAGUAACUCCAGUUAAUACUGCUUUCUUAGUGUUUCAUCAGUAUCUGAUGAGAGUACUAAUUGGAAGGCCUUCCCUACUGGAUAUGACUACAGAAGAUUACUGGGAUGAUAAUCAUAGUUAUGUAUUCAGUAUCAUUGUUCACAGUAAUUUUUUUGAACAGGGUAAAACUACCUUAGCUGUGAUUCUGCCACAUGCCAGUCUCUUAUGUGAUGUUGUGUGUAUUGUAUUAACCUUGAAGAGUUCCUGCUCCUACCUUAAAGCAAUGCACUAUGUUCUACCUUAUAAAUUGUCUCCAUCAGACUGGCUGUCUCCAGAGAAUAUGAUCGAGUACAGUAAUUCAGAGAUCAGAAAAUAUUUGAAGGUUCUGCCGGUGAACUAUAGACCACCAUCUGAAAUGGGAAUUGCUGUUCCACUCACAGAUAAUUUUUAUAAUGCAGAUCCAAGUAAACCUAGAAUGAGAGAUUAUUUUGAAGGAUCAAAAACCUCCGGAAAGUACAAACAGUGUGCUAACAAAUUAAGCCGAGCUGAAUGCAAAUGUGCUGAUAAUAUGAAGUUGUCAUUUUCUGUUGCCUUUUCAGACUGUAAAGAGAAGGCUCUGCGGAUGAAAUUUCCAAUAGAAAAGCUUCCUCUCUAUUUUAUGGUGGAAGAUGAGGGUUAUUUUGUCAAUCUGACAUCUCCUUAUUUUGUCACCAUAAAAGAAGUAAAUAAUAGAACAAACUGGAAAAUUUCAGGUACCAAUGAAACAUUAAGUUUGACAAAACUAAGGAUGCACUUGGAGAGUAAAGUCAAAACCAAGUUGUAUAAUCCAGAUGGGCUAACUAUAUCAAUAACAGGAUCUGAACUUUUCCAUUUUAGAGUAUCCACUAUUCCCGGAGUGUCCUUUUGCAAUUUAUUUGAUGAAUUUCAGAUAUAUGUCGAUGAUUCCCCGCUGGCUUUCCCAGGACAAUAUCUCAUCAGCACAAUUGUAGCUGUGUCAAUAGGAGGGAUUCUCUUUACGGCUUUUCUUCUGCAUAUCUAUGAAAUCCAGAUAGUAAAUUUUUUUAAAAGGAAUAAAAACAGAAACAAAGUAGAAUCAAAAACUUCAAUUGUCACAGCUUCCGAAACAUCUGUUGAGAGCAAUGAAUCAUAA